AUGAGCACCCAGAUCCAGCAGAAUUAUUCCGCCCAGAUGGAGGCUGCACUCCAGCGCCUGGUGAACCUGCAUCUGCAGGCCUCCUACACCUACCUCUCUCUUCGCUUCUAUUUUGAAGGAGGCAACGAUGUAGCUCCGAAGGGCAUGGGCCGCUUCUUCCAAGAGUUAGCUGAGGAGAAGCGUGAGGGCGCCCACCGUCUCUUUAAGAUGCGAAACCAGUGGAGCGGCUGCCCCUUCCUUCAGGACUGGCAAGAGCUGUCCCAAGAUGGGUGGCGUGGCAGCGUGGACGCCAUGGAAGCCGCCAUGGCCUUGGAGAAGAACCUGAACCAGGCCCUUUUGGAUCUGCAUGCCCUGGGUGCCGCCAACGGAGAUCCCGGUCUCUGUGACCUCCUCAAAAGCCACUUCCUAGAGGAGGAGAUGAAAGUCAUCAAGAAGAUGGGCGACCACCUCACCAACCUCCGCAGGCUGGCUGGCCCUCAGGCCGGGCUGGGUUGCUACCGAGAAUACUGAUGAUGACAUCAUACACUGACCAUCUCUAUGAAGCCUCUCAAGAGAAAUUUCUUUCUGGUCUCAGUAUUGCGAAUAACAGUUCUUUGCCUGGGUAAUUGAUUUGUUUUUGUUUUGUGGACACUGCAAAUGAUUAAGUUUCUUUUUCUGACUGCCUGUGAGAAAGCUUAGAGCCAAAUUUGUGGUCCACCCGGUGUCAAUGAGUAGGAUUGUAUAAGCAUUUCUACAGAAGCUUCAUUUCUGCCUCUUCUGUCACUAAUUUCUUGGUAUAUUUUAUGGUUUCUUUUAAGCCACCUUAAACCAUUUCUAGAACAAGGUUGUGUGUAAAUAGAUAAAUAAACUUUAAAAAUGCUGA